UGUGUCAAGCACAACACAGAGACGCCAUUAUUAAUGGUGAGAAAACUGCAGCAGCAGGAAGAAGGAGGGAUUUUCAGGAUGGAUUCAAAACCAAGUCGGAUUCCCCAAAGAUCGUCAUAUGGGAAACCUAGUUCAUUGUCGCCGUCUUCCUCAUUGUCGUCUUCCUCAUCUUUAUCAUCAACAUAUUCUCCUCUUCGGUCCAGUGGGCUCUACUCUGGUAGAGGGAGCGUCUUAAGCAAUGACUGUUACACAAGGAGUACCGCUGUGAAAUUGGAUUCAGAUUAUCAGGGCUCCAGGUUCCACAGUACUUCCAGGGACUACAGUAUUCCAGAAAGUCGUCAUUCAAGCUGGAAACUUUCGCCUCCAUCUUCGACUCUUUCUUCUGGAUCCUGUGGCCUGUCGUGGUCUGACACCUCUGGAACCAGUAGUAAACUGGGUGACUCUGAAAGACGUCAGGGAUCAUACUACGGGCUUCUGAAUGCAACCCAGGAUAGUGAAUCCAAAAGACCUAAGCUUUGCUAUACAAGCAGUUCAUCAUAUUCAAGAAGUUCAUCUACCUCUGGGGUUGGCAGCAGCUACUCUGGCCUAAAUGGCAUUUCAGAUUCGUCAUGGAGGUACAACCCAGGUUCAAGGGCUUCAUCUACAACCACAGAAUUAAUACGUUCAAGAGGAGAACUGGACAAAAGAGCAGACCCAAGUCUUUCCAGCUUUGGAGAACAUAGUCACAGGAGUAGUGGUUUAUUAUCCUCACCAGCCUCAUCAUAUCUUCGGGACAGAGUGACUUCCUCUUAUGCCCAAGGAGCAAGGCCAAAGGAGAGUAUGUUUAUGAGGGUAAAUGGUUCAUCAGUGAAUGACCGUUUGCCAUCAGAAUACCAGUCAUCUUUGUUCAGCAGAGAUUCAAGCAGAAGCUCUGCCAGGUCUGCUAGUUCAGUUUCAUUUAGGGAUAUGGACUCCCCACAAAGAACAAUGGGAUCAGAAGUCCGAAACACACGUGCUAGUUCAUGCACUUUGUAUGUGCCAAAGUCGGAAAGAAACGCAUCUUCAUCAGCCACACCACCUCCUCCUCCCCCACCACCACCACCACCACCUCCUCCACCCCCACAAAGGCAACUCGGUGAAUCUGGGGAUUCGGAAGGCCGAUUGACAACAAGACAGUUAUUGUCCCGUCUAGCUUCCAGUAUGUCGACUACCUUCUUCUCAAGAAGGUCAAGCCAGGACUCCUCAAGCUCAAGCUCAAGCUCCAGGUCUUUUGAAGCACCAUCGGAAGAUUAUGUUGCAAGGGGUGAAAGUUCUUCUCAAAGCAGUGACAGCAGAAACAGUAGUCCUGAUGGUUCGGAAAGAAGAGCUUCCAAUUCCUCUCCGGUGUUUCCAUUUCUUAGACGCAGAAGGCAAGGUUUAUCACCAGUAGUAGAAACCCGCAGUUCAGAUUCAGACCCUGAAACUUCAAGAUCAACUGGAUCUGAAAGCAGAAGUUCGUGGUUGUCUUCUUCAUUUAGAAACAGGUGCACGCCACUUUUUUCACGAAGGAGAAGGGAAGGAAGAGAUGAGUCUGCACGAAUGGCAGUUGGAUCUGAUGAAACACAAGGGAGCACACUUUAUCCAUUGAGAAGGUAUUCUUUUGAAACUUCAGGUGGAGAGCAAGAAAGCGAAUCUCAAGGGGCUACAGCAGCUGCACCAGCUCCUCCUGCAUCAAACACGCCUGUGCAAGAUGUGUCCCAAGCUGAACGAAACCCAAGAAUUUCUGGUAUUGUUCCCAACUCUUUGUUUCGUCUUGCCAUGCCACCUAGCCUUGACAGCACCCUGCCUAAUGGUGCAAUGAUCACUGUAGACAUCAUGGCAGCAGGUAGAUCUGAGCCUGGUGGACAGCCUCAAGGAAAUGACAAAACUGCACCCUCCAGGGAUCCAGAGAAACUGAAGAAAAUCCAAGAGAGCCUCCUUUUAGAGUCCUCUGAUGAAGAGGAGGGAGAUUUGUGCCGAAUUUGCCAGAUGGGAGAAGGAUCACCUUCAAACUGUUUGAUAGAACCUUGCAAGUGCACUGGCAGCUUACAGUAUGUUCAUCAGGAGUGUAUGAAGAAGUGGUUGCAGUCUAAAAUCAACUCUGGUUCUAACCUGGAAGCUAUAACUACAUGUGAGCUAUGUAAACAGAAGCUUCAUCUUCACAUUGAGAACUUUGAUAUUGAUGAACUAUAUAGAACACACUCAAAUGAACAGGCAGAGUAUGAGUUUAUCAGCUGUGGCCUCUACCUCGUUGUCUUGCUGCAUUUGUGUGAGCAGCGAUUUUCUGACAUGUUGGGAGCUGCCAGUGAAGCAAGUGCUCAUGCUGGGUUCAUCAACCUUGCAAGAACCCUUCAUGCCCACAUGGAUGAUCUUGAAAGCUCUUACGAGGAAUCUGAAGAAGUUGAAAAUAACAGUAGACCAUCAUUUGAUUUUGAUGAGGAGGAGGAAGACACAUAUUAAGUUUGACAGCAUUGAUAGGACAGUUUAACACAGGAUUGUUUUGUUAUAAAUUUAUAUCAACUUUGUUAAAAUUGAUCAUUAUAAUGCUGUAACAAAUUUUUUUUUUUUUUUUGUUCCUGGAUAGUAAGUGUUAUUUCCUAAUUGCUUAUG